AUGCCAGCCAUUCAAAGCAAGAUCACUUUGCAUUGUUCUCUGCCAUCAGGGAGGUCUUGCACGAUCAGGGCAGGCAGGGAAGAUCGAGGAGACGACGUGUUAGCACAGGUGGAGCGCGAAUUGCAGGUGCCUUCCUGUGCACAGCGGUUGAUUUGGGGUAGUCGGGGUAGCAGCAGCACCCCGCAGGAGAUUCUCAGCUACACCACGCUGGGAUCACUGGGCGUGGGGGAUGGCGAGGAUUUGCUGGUGGUGAGAGCCUGGCCUGCAGACCCAGCCGAGCUGGUUUGUAAGAUGCAGUCUAUCGCAGAAUGCCGGAAGCAGCACACCACAUCGUGUGCAGAAGUCGUGAUUGCUAGCUUGGAGGCUUCCAGUCACUCCAUGGUACACAUCGCCGGUCUUCGGGUGUUGUCCUGGAUGGGCGAGGAAGCCGCCCCCCAAAUAAGUCGAAUCCGCAUGUUUCUCCGUCACCCACCUCUCGUGGCUGCCGCUGCAGCGACAGCGUUGUCUUGGCUUGGUGAAGGCGGCGCCAAGUCCGCCGGGAGGAUCUUGACGCAGUGCUGCCACCCUCGCUGGCCGUCACAAGCAAAAGGUGCAUGCAGAGAUGCAUUGUCGGCCAUGUGCAAUUCUGACCACUCGAACACGCGCUUGGCUGCUCUCCUCUCCCUUACAACCUUGGCCGAACGCAACUUUGACCACAAUUCCCGGGGAGCAAGUUGCCCCAAAGCUGUGGGUACCUCUCUCCUUGUCUCAUCACUUGACGCAAAAGCCCGGGCAUGCGAGGAGCAAGAGCAACGUGGCCACCUGUUCUGCACAAUGGCCUUGCCUGCCCUUGGCGAUGCCUUCUUUGACGAGGACCGGCGACUCCAGCAACUUGCUGCCAACUUCCUCCUGCACUGCUCCGCGCCUUCACCGAUGGAGGCUGAGGAGCAGGUUGACAUCAGGACUGGUAUGACGGAAAAACAUGUUCAGUUUUAUUUAGAGGUGGAGUUCCCUGCCAAAGCGAAAUGGGCGGCAGUACUAUUGCGGUUCGGGCAGGAUGCCUUGGAGGAGAACCCCUACAGCCAAGAAGUCGUUCGGGCAUGUCUCAAGUUAGAGGAGUCCUUGAACAGUCACUGGCCAUCUUUGCGUAUCUGGCAAGAGACGCGCAAGACGCUGCCAGAUCCCGACAAACUGAGCAUCAGUACGGCGGCGAAGCGUGUGCGUGUGGCCACAGUCUGCCUUCUGCGUCGGGAGUUGAAGCAGUGGAAGCAGCAGUUGGACGCAAUGCUUGCCACACAUGAUGACGACUACGACGAAGUUUUCCUCAACGUCCCGCAUGCAGUCGCUGUCUACUGGCGCCAGAAAAUGGUGCCCUAA